AUGCUGCCGCACGCCGGGCUGGCCGCGCCGGGCGGCGGCGGCGGCGCGGACGGAGCGGCGUUCGCGGAGCUGGCGGGCGCGGAGCCGGCGCGGCAGUGCCCGUCGGGCUCGCUGGGCUACGGCGGCUACCCCUUCGCGCCCGGCUACUACGGCUGCCGCCUGGCCGGCGUCAACCUGCAGCAGAAGCCCUGCGGCUACCACCCGCCCGACAAGUUCGCCGAGGCCGGCGGGCCGCUGGCCGGCGAGGAGCUGCCGGCGCGGGCCAAGGAGUUCUCGUUCUACCCCGGCUUCCCGGGCUCCUACCAGGCCGUGCCGGGCUACUUGGACGUGUCGGUGGUGCCGGCGCUGCCCGAGCCGCGGCACGAGGCUUUGCUUCCCAUGGAAGGCUACCAGCCCUGGGCGCUGGCCAACGGCUGGGACGGGCAGGUUUACUGCUCCAAGGAGCAAGCGCAGCCCGCGCACCUCUGGAAGUCGCCAUAUCCAGACGUGGUCCCCCUGCAGGCCGAGCCCAGCCCGUUCCGGCGCGGCCGCAAGAAGCGCGUUCCCUACACGAAGCCGCAGCUGAAGGAGCUGGAGCGCGAGUUCGCCGCCAGCCGCUUCAUCACCAAGGAGAAGCGGCGGCGCAUCGCGGGCGCCACCAGCCUGAGCGAGCGCCAGGUCACCAUCUGGUUCCAGAACCGCCGCGUCAAGGAGAAGAAGGCCGUGGGCAAAGCCAAGCCCGCGCACCUGCGCGACACCUGAGCGCGCGCCGCCCGCCCGCAGCGCG